GUUCACACCACAUGAUAGCAACAAUAAAAAAGAUUAACAAGAUCAAGCAAAGUCAUCAUUGACUUGAUUAUAAACUCCACACCCCUAAGGCGCCAACUACUUCCACCAGACCAUGCAUUCAAAGUUACAUACACAUAUAUACAUAAACUGCUAAAGCAUGACACCAAAAAAUAAAUGAUAACGCAUGACACAAUAAAUUUACAAUGGAACCAUGGGAAUUAACAAACUUCAGCAAGGGAAAGCCCAUUAACCCUCUUAUUAAUUACUACUAUUUCGAUUUACUUAUGAUGAUAAGAAACAAAGCCCAUCACAAUUGCGCAAUUUCUAAUGGAGCUUGUUAGCAAUAUUGCAUUGCUUUCUGAUCUCGCCUUUGCUGCCAGUGAGAGGGUUGUUCUCAGAGAGAAUGGUGAUUGCUUUCGAGAACUGCUUAAAGAAGUAAUCUUGAUUCUUUGCCAUUUUCUUCAUGAAUGGCUUCGUCCUCUUGUCUGUGGCCAGCUGGUGGUCCACAAGCAUCAACCCCUUGUUCUCCAGAAUAUUCUUGUAGUAGUUAUUGUCUAGUUUCAUGGGGGUGCCUCUGUCAUUCCUCACAUACUGCACUGCCUUCGGGUCUGGGAUCGGGUCCGGGCACUCCUGGAGUUGUUGCUUUGCUAGGAGCUCAUAGUGUUGGAAGAACCCACUGCGUGAAGCUUGUUCACAGAUUAUACCCAGAGGUGGAUCCACAGCUGAACCCUGAUCAUGUCCCACACAUGCUCAAGAAGUGCCCGGACCCGAUCCCAGACCCGAAGGCAGUGCAGUAUGUGAGGAAUGACAGAGGCACCCCCAUGAAACUAGACAAUAACUACUACAAGAAUAUUCUGGAGAACAAGGGGUUGAUGCUUGUGGACCACCAGCUGGCCACAGACAAGAGGAAGAAGCCAUUCGUGAAGAAAAUGGCAAAGAAUCAAGAUUACUUCUUUAAGCAGUUCUCGAAAGCAAUCACCAUUCUCUCUGAGAACAACCCUCUCACUGGCAGCAAAGGCGAGAUCAGAAAGCAAUGCAAUCUUGCUAACAAGCUCCAUUAGAAAUUGCGCAAUUGUGAUGGGCUUUGUUUCUUAUCAUCAUAAGUAAAUCGAAAUAGUAGUAAUUAAUAAGAGGGUUAAUGGGCUUUCCCUUGCUGAAGUUUGUUAAUUCCCAUGGUUCCAUUGUAAAUUUAUUGUGUCAUGC